GGAAAAAUGGACCGGAGGAACGACGCGUUCAAAUGUCCUCGCAGGAAUUUGCGACUGUUGCUUCUGCUGAUUUUGUUCCUUUUCAUUCCAACGGGCGACGGGCAGCUGCCGCCGCCGCCCACGCAGACCAUCAAAUUUCUGCUUCUGGCAGACACUUUUCAAGUGACAAUUGUGCCUGACGUGAAACGUUCUCUGGAAGAGUUGGUCGCUUCUUGGCAACAAGUGACCACGUCGGUGCAGACCGUUUUUUACAGUGCUUCCAAAGAGGACGAGACAUGGACUGCCGUUUGCCGCGAGUUGUCGAACGGCGUGACGGUGAUUGUGGACGCGACCGAGAACGGAUACGUCAAACUGAAGGCGACUGCCGACCAGAAUUUCGUCCCGUACUUUAGAAUCGAGCCCACCAUCGGGCCGUUUGCUCGUGCCGCGGCGGAAUACGUCCUCAAUUUGAACGCCACCGACGCGGCCCUCAUUUUUCAAAAUGAUGCAGACAUGCAACAAGGUACGAGAGCCCUUUUGGCCAACAGUCGCCUUCGAAUCACGUCGUACGCGACGUUGCGAAACGACACAGCGUGGCUGCUGCGCGAAAAUCGGCCGUGGCCGGACAUGUUCCUGCUUUUCGCCGAAGUUGCCAGCAUCACCAACAUACUCACCUCGGCCGUCAACUACGGCAUCGUCAACCAAGACCAGCAGUGGCUCGUCGUCGUCCUGAAUUUGGUCUCGGUCAACGCCGCCACGGAUUGGCUGGUCGAUUUGCCAUACGCCGUCGGAGAACUGAAGCCCUCGGUGCCUGAGAUGUGUUGUCCUUUAAGCAAAGACUCGGCCGGUUGCGAUUGUUUGAGUCCCCCACCGGUCAUCUCUUCAUACAUCACUCGCGUCUUUGACUACCUAAUUGACGUCGUGGACAGCGGAGAUAGUCUGAUAUUGCCCAUCAAACGAAUAGACUGUGCAACCCUACCAAACAAGGUCGACGAAGGCACCAACCAGAAACUGGACGACCUGACCACCCUUUACCAACAAGUUUUGCAGCGACACCCGAUUCUGCAGUUUGACACGGUGAGGAGACGAAUCAGUUACAGGGCGGCCAUGGACGUGAACGUGGUGCGAGCGAGGAGCGCAGGUCGCACCUUUCUGGCCUCGUGGAACCCUGAGAAAGGUCUGCUGGUGGCGGCCGGACGAGAAGUGACGGCGCCCAGGCAGUUGCUGCGAGUUGGAAUGAUGGAGGCCGAGCCGUGGUCGUUCAAGAGGAAUGGAAAGUGGGAAGGGUAUUAUUUCAGUUUGCUGGAGGAGUUGGGAAGAAUUAUGGAUUUUGAUUACGACGUCGUCACCAUCACAAUGUUGGGUGAAAGGCUCAACACCAGCAUAUGGACCGGAGGCAUCGGUCUUCUGGCCAAAGGGGACCUUGACUUGAUUUGCGCUCCACUAACUAUGACUGCGGAGAGAGAUGAAGUCAUCGACUUUAUCACCCCCUACAUUGAAAAUACAGGACUGACUAUUGUUAUAAAACAACCCGUUCAGGAAACGUCGCUUUUUAAGUUCAUGACUGUGUUAAAAACCGAGGUUUGGAUCGCCUUAGUCGUUUCCAUCAUCAUAACUAGUAUUUUGAUGUAUGUGCUGGAGAAAUUCUCACCCUACAGUUACUCCAGAAGUCCUGAGAGAUACCCAUAUGAAUGCAGAGUAUUUGAUUUAAAAGAGUGCUUCUGGUUUACACUGACGUCUUUCACGCCACAAGGUGGUGGGGAGCCUCCUAAGAAUUUGUCAGCCCGAAUAUUAGUGGCGGCCUAUUGGUUCUUUGUGGUUUUGAUGCUCGCCACAUUCACCGCCAACUUGGCCGCCUUCCUCACCGUGGAAAAGAUGCAGGUGCCCAUUUCCUCGAUGGAGCAACUGGCGCGCCAGUCCAAAAUUCAGUACGGCGUGAUGCGAGGUGGAAUUGCCGAAACAUUUUUCUUCAACAUGAACGAAGCGGAAAAAACUCUUUACAGGGCGUGGACUGCUGAAGUUAUGAACUCAGAUUUACCAAUUUACCGCGUUUGGAAUUAUCCCGUCCGAGAGCAAUACUCUGUGAUUAACACCAAAGUAAACAACGCUUCUGACACAGGAGUUUUGACACUGCGUGAUGGUCUUGACAGGGUUGUCGCGUCAGAUGGGAAUUACGCGUUCAUCCACGACGCGUUGAUUUUGCGGUACGAGGUGCUCCGCAAUUGUUCCUUGGUGGAAGUGGGCGAAAUGUUUGCCGAUCAGCCGUACGCCCUCGGCGUCCCCACAGGCAGCCCCCUCACCAGGGACUUCAGCAGGGCAAUUUUGCAAAUGCAGAGGGACAGAUUUUUUGAGGAAAUCACGGCGAGAACGUGGAAUAAAUCGCGCAGGGCGCAGUGCAACUUGGGCCAACGCGCUGACUCAGGAAUUACGCUUGAAAGCAUCGGCGGUGUUUUUAUCGCAAUGCUCGCCGGGCUUGGGCUGGCCGUUGUGACGCUCGCCGCGGAGGUCUUUUACUACAGACGGAAAAUCGAGCCGACCAAGCCUCGGCUGCAAAUGCCGACUGUGAACGACAAAAAGGAGCCGCCACCCACCAAAAAGGAGGCUUUGAAAAAACAACCGUCGUCCAUUCUCAAGAAAGAACCGUCCGAGCGGAAUGUGGCCAAGAAAAAAGUGACCCUCGGCGAUAAGCAAGGACUUGAAUCUAAAACGGGUUUGCCCAAAGUGUCUUACAUCACCGUCUACCCGCGGCAGUAGGAAAACUUUGAAAUUGUGAUGCACGGAUCACCAGAGACUUUGUUCCGAUAGAAAAA